AUGGAGGAACUCGAAAAAGUCGCCGAUCAUGAAACGAUCGAACACAUCAAGUCGGAUGAUGUUGUCGAAAUAGAUCGCGCCGCCGAGAAACGUCUACUCUGGAAACUCGAUAUUCACGUCGUUCCAAUCCUCAUGUUCCUAUUCCUCCUGGCCUUCCUCGACCGAAUCAAUAUCGGAAAUGCUCGACUGCAGGGUCUAGAGAAGGACUUGAACAUGAAGAAUAACGACUACAACAUUGCUCUAUUCAUUUUCUUCAUUCCAUAUAUCCUGUUCGAGGUGCCGAGUAACCUUUUGUUGAAGAGGAUCGCUCCUUCGUGGUGGAUCAGUGGGAUUAUGUUCGGAUGGGGCAUCAUUACCAUCUGCCAAGGACUUACCCAGAGUUUCAAGGGAUUGGUUGCGUGUCGGUUCCUGCUGGGUAUCUUUGAGGCUGGAUUCAUGCCAGGAUGCAUCUAUAUCAUCGCGAUGUACUAUAAGCGCUAUGAACUGCAGUGGCGCUUGAAUGUGUUCUUCAGUGCUAGCAUUCUCGCCGGCGCAGUUAGUGGAUUCCUGGCCUACGCUAUCGCAAAGAUGGACGGAGUUGCAGGAUACAGUGGAUGGCGCUGGAUCUUCAUCAUCGAAGGUCUAGUCACAGUGGCUGCUGCCCUUGUCUCCAAGUUUCUCAUCGUGGACUGGCCCGAGAAGUCUCGUUUCUUGAACGAUGAAGAACGAAGACUACUGCUGGCUCGACUUCAGGAGGAUCGAGGAGAAGCCCGAAUGGACCGACUGGAUCGUUCGGCCAGGGGACGUGUUGUUCGCGAUAUCAAGAUCUAUCUUGGUCCGUUGAUGUAUUUCGGCAUCGUGAACACUGGAUAUGCCACCUCCUUUUUUACUCCGACCAUCCUGAAGCAGCUCGGUUGGACUUCAGUACGCGCUCAGGUCAUGAGUAUUCCCAUCUAUCUUGUCGCAACCGUCAUUGCACUGGUCACAGCCUGGGUCAGCGAUCGACUACGCCAUCGUUUCGCGUUCACAAUUUGCGGAUGUCUCAUUGCAACUGUCGGUUAUGUGAUCCUCCUCUGUCAAAAGUCCGUCCCCGUAGGAGCUCGGUACUUCGCCCUGUAUGCAAUCACCGGUGGAGGGUAUAUGACACAACCGAUCUUGAUGGGCUGGCUUAGCAACAAUAUGGCCGGUCACUAUAAGCAAUCGAUUGCCUCGGCGAUGCAGAUCGGGUUUGGAAAUUGUGGUGGCUUGGUGGCCAGCAAUAUCUUCCUGGCGUCCGAAGCUCCGACGUAUCGUACUGGGUUUGGCGUCAGUCUGGGGAUGGUUUGGAUCUGUGGGAUUGCCUGUACGGUCUUCUUUGCUUGGCUUGUCCGGGAGAAUCGAUUGAGAGAGGCUGGGAAGAGAGAUCAUCGGUAUGAGUGGUCUCAAGAGGAGUUGAGUAACCUCGGUGAUGAUCAUCCGAGCUUCAGAUUCACAUAUUAG